UCACCUGCCCACACCUGCAGGGAUUUGAGUUUCUGAAGACUGAAGGAGUAAAACAGACGGAGAGAAAAAUGUCUCUAAGGUCAAACUGAGGAGCUUGGAUCCGGACUGAGCAGGUUCUGGUCCAGUCUGUGCUCCUGAAAACACCUGGACCCAUUAGGACCAGCCCGGAUCAGAACCACUGGGGAUUUGUGGAGUUUGCUCUGAAGCAGGAAGUGGAGUGGCAACAAACAUGGGAAGCAAGGAGCGCUACCACUGGCAGGCUCAGAACGUGAAGGUGAGCGGCGUUGACGACAUGGUUCUGCUGUCCAAGAUCAACGAGGACGCCAUCACGGACAACCUGAAGAAGAGAUACAUGGACGACUACAUCUUUACAUACAUCGGUGCAGUUCUGAUCUCUGUAAACCCGUUUAAACAGCUGCCAUAUUUCACCGACAGGGAGGUGGAGCUGUACCAGGGCGCGGCUCAGUAUGAGAACCCCCCCCACAUCUAUGCCCUGGCUGACAACAUGUACAGGAACAUGAUGAUCGACAGCGAGAACCAGUGUGUCAUCAUCAGCGGGGAAAGCGGAGCUGGAAAAACGGUUGCUGCUAAGUUCAUAAUGAGCUACGUGUCCAAAGUCUCAGGAGGCGGAGACAAAGUCCAGCGCGUCAAAGACAUCAUCUUACAGUCCAACCCGCUUCUGGAAGCCUUUGGAAACGCCAAGACCGUCCGCAACAACAACUCCAGCAGAUUUGGAAAGUACUUUGAGAUCCAGUUCAGUCGAGGAGGAGCUCCCGAUGGAGGGAAGAUCUCCAACUUCCUGCUGGAGAAAAGUCGCGUUGUGUCGCAGAAUCAAGGGGAGAGGAACUUUCACAUCUACUAUCAGCUUCUGGGGGGGGCCAGCAAGGAGCAGAUGGAGAACUUUGGCGUCACCACUCCAGACUAUUAUUACUACUUGAACCAGACAGGAACCUUCACGGUGGAGGACAUGGAUGACAAGAAGGAUUUCUCUGAUACCAUGGGGGCCAUGUCUGUCGUGGGGCUGUCGGUGGACGAGCAGGAAUCGGUUCUGCAGCUGGUGGCAGCGAUCCUUCAUGUGGGGAACAUCAGCUUCAGGGAGGAGAACAACUACGCAGUGGUGGAGAGUCAGGACUUCCUGGCCUUCCCCUCAUACCUGCUGGGGAUCUCCCAGGACGGCCUCUGCAGCAAACUGACCAGCAGGAUCAUGGACAGCAAGUGGGGCGGGAAGAGCGAGUCCAUCUCGGUCACCCUGAACACCGAGCAGGCCUCCUUCUCCAGGGACGCCCUGUCCAAAGCCCUGUAUGCCCGCCUCUUCGACUUCCUGGUGGACUGCAUCAACAAAGCCAUGCAGAAGGAGCAGGAGGAGCUGAACAUCGGGGUUCUGGACAUCUACGGUUUUGAGAUCUUCCAGAAAAAUGGCUUUGAGCAGUUCUGCAUCAACUUUGUCAAUGAGAAGCUGCAGCAGAUCUUCAUUGAGCUGACGCUGAAGGCAGAGCAGGAGGAGUAUGUUCAGGAGGGCAUCAAGUGGACCCCCAUUGAGUACUUCAACAACAAGGUGGUCUGUGACCUCAUCGAGUCCAAACUGAAUCCUCCAGGAAUAAUGAGCAUCCUGGAUGAUGUUUGCGCCACCAUGCACGCCAAAGGGGAGGGGGCGGAUCAGACGCUGCUGCAGAAGCUGCAGGGUCAGAUCGGAUCACACGAACACUUCAGCAGCUGGAACAAAGGCUUCAUCGUCCACCACUACGCCGGGAAGGUGUCCUACGAUGUCAACGGCUUCUGUGAGAGGAACCGCGACGUCUUGUUCAAUGACAUCAUCGAGCUGAUGCAGGGCAGCCAGUUUCCGUUCAUCAGAGCUUUGUUCCCGGAGAGCCUGGAGGCUGAGAAAAGAGGCCGGCCCACCACUGCCAGCAGUAAGAUUAAGAAACAAGCCAACAGUCUGGUCCAGACCCUGAUGAAGUGCACUCCUCACUACAUUCGCUGCAUCAAACCCAAUGAGACCAAACGCCCCCGGGACUGGGAGGAGAACCGGGUCAGACACCAGGUGGAGUACCUGGGCCUUAGAGAGAACAUCAGAGUCCGGCGAGCGGGAUAUGCUUACCGACGUCCUUUCAACAAAUUCUUGCAGAGGUACGCUAUCCUCACCAAGGAAACAUGGCCUCACUGGAGGGGAGAGGAGCGCCGUGGGGUCCUACACCUCCUAAGCUCUGUCAACAUGGACCAGGACCAGUACCAACUGGGCAAGACCAAAGUCUUCAUCAAAGCUCCAGAGUCGCUCUUCCUGUUGGAGGAAAUGAGGGAGAGGAAGUACAACGGAUACGCUCGCGUCAUUCAGAAGGCGUGGCGCAAACACAUCGCUGUCCGGAAGUACGUCAAGAUGCGGGAAGAAGCCUCUGAUGUGCUGUUGAACAAGAAGGAACGCCGCAGGAACAGCAUCAACAGGAACUUCGUAGGCGACUACAUUGGGACCGAAAACCACCCUGAGAUCAGGCAGUUUGUCGGCCGUAGAGAGAGGAUCGACUUUGCAGACGUGGUGGUGAAAUAUAACCGCAGAUUCAAGACGGUGAAGCAGGACCUCAUCCUCACCCCAAAGUUCCUCUACCUGAUCGGCAGAGAGAAAGUGAAGCAAGGUCCAGAUAAAGGCCAGAUCUGUGAGGUUCUGAAGAGGAAGAUCGAGCUCAACAAGGUCCAGUCUGUGUCUCUGAGCACUCUGCAGGACGACUUCUUCAUCAUCCACGAGGAAGAGUACGACAGCGUUCUGCAGAGCAUCUUCAAGACCGAGUUCCUCAGUCUGCUGGUCAAGAGGUUCCAGGAGAGAACCGACAAGAAGCUGCCGCUCAAGUUCAACAACAUCCUGGAUUUCAAGGUGAAGAAGGGGGGUUGGGGCCCCUUUGGCUCAUCAGGUUCUAGAGAGAUCCAGUUCCAGAAGGGCCAGGGGGAUGAUGCGGUUCUGAAGCCUAGCGGAAAGGUCCUGCAGGUUUCCAUUGGCCCGGGUCUCCCCAAGAACUCCAGACCGACAAGGAAGGACAACCGCAAGAGCCGCUACCUGCGAAGCCAGGCCCCGCCCACCAGCCAGAUAGGCUCAGCAACUGACCCCAGAGGGGGUGGAGUAUCCAGGGGCCGGCCUAACUCUUCCAGAGGCUCCCUCUUGAGGCAGCAAUCCAGCAUGGACCAACCCACCCUACCACGCCUCCAGAACCAGCCUCGGCAUGGCGCUCAGCUCCCAAGACAACAGGACAUGGGCUUCAUGGAGGUUCCUGACCAGGGAGCUGCAGGGCUGCAUCGACGGCGCUCAAAGGAAGUAAAACCUCCUCCUGGGGCGGGUCGACCCAAACCAAAACCCAGAACCCCCCAAUGCAGAGCGCUCUAUGCCUAUGACGCCCAGGACACGGAUGAGCUCAGCUUCAACGCCAGUGAUGUCAUCGAGAUUCUCACCGAAGACCCGUCGGGGUGGUGGUUCGGUCGGCUGCGGGGCAGAGAGGGCAUGUUUCCUGGAAACUACGUGGAGAAAAUCUAGAGCUGCCGUGAAGGAGCAGAGGUCAUGGGGCUCCGCCCAUCCAGCAGACCGGAACCAGCCUGAGGACUUCAAUCGGCAGCCUCAGCAUUCAUCUGCACAUAGACUGAGGACAGCUUCAAUGCUUCCUACACUACAUUACCCAGAGUUCUGAUGACCGGGGGGGGGGGGGGGGGCAGCAGCGCUGCGUUCGGUUGCAGAUGUAAAUGUGUAUUGUGAUGGUGGUUCUGUGUUUGGUGAUCCAGAGUUUCAGAACCGAGCCGAGUUUUGGGGUGAAGCCCUGCUGUCGUUCACCUGUGUCAUGUUUCACUCAAUAAAGCGUUUAGAACGAG